AUGAGAGGACGAAAACGACCGCGAGUGCAACGAGUAGCACAAAGAAGGACAAGAUCCAGUCUGAUGAGCGUUACGUUCCUGCUGUGUCUACUCCUGCUCAGCAGUACUAGCCGAACCACCAGUGCCUUGCGUAUUCUCUUGACGAACGACGAUGGAUUGGACAAACCGGGAUUGCAGACCCUGCGUCGUCGACUCAUUCAAGAUGGACACGAUGUCUUUGUCUAUGCAACGGCGGCAGAUCGAUCCGGCAUCAGUGCCAGUGUUCAACUCAGUGUGCCGUUUGUACCGCUCGAAGAUCAACAGACCAUUGUCGUGGGACCUCCCGCCACCUGUGUCAUUGCCGGAUUGUCUCUCAUGAACACUACUACCACCACAACGACUGCUUCCUCCACUGCCGAUUCCACCACCACCAUUGCCACCAAUUUUGCCGUGGGUCCACCCGACGUGGUCAUUGUCGGUAUUUCCGAUGGAUUUGCCACGGGCGCUCAAACGCUCCAUUCCAGUAGUGUCGGUGCCGCCUUGACGGCCAUGGGACGAGGCUUUCCUACCAUUGUCGUGGCCGGAUUGUCCACCAAUCCCACCAUUGUCGUACAGGAAGUCUACUAUGCGUACGUGGCGGAUUUCACAGCCCGGCUCCUCACCCAGUGGGUCGCCACCAUUCCACUGGAAGACAUGGCGCCGGGAGCUGGAUUGAAAGUCACGUAUCCUCCUCUCCAACCCGAAGAUGUCAUUGGAGUACAGUUGGCCAAGAAUGGAGACGAUGCACCACUGUCGUUUGGGUACACACCUUCCACGGCUGAUCCGACCCUUUGGCAAGUUUCACCCGUUAUGAAUGAAGACGAGCAAGUGGACCCCGAUAGUGAAACGGCGCUCGUGGAUGCCGGUUAUGUCAGCAUUCUGCCCAUUACCAGUAGUUUUGUUCUUCCCGAACGACAAUUCAACGUACGGUACAUUCUCACCCUGCGAAGAAUGUUGAGAGGAGUGGAUCCAUAA